AAAAUGUUAGAUUUCUAUUAGACUUUUCAAAAUAAAAUGCUGCUACAUAUUUUCACUACGUUUCUGAAGAUUGUAUUUUAUUUGUUUUAUUUAUUUAAGUGUAAUUCUAAGUGGCAAUUUAAAGAUGAAGAAACAUGAAUAUAGAUUCAGGAGUAGAAAUAAAAGAUUCUCAUACAGAGAAAUCUAAUUUCCCACCAAGAACAACUUGUAAAGAAACAUUAAGUUCACAAUAUACAUUAAAGACAAAAUAAAUUGGCACAAAGGCUAAAAACAUGGCUAGACAAGGAAAAUCUACCUUCAGUCAUGUUCACAGCUUUAUAUCACAGUUUCUAACAAGGAAACUCAAAGUUUGUGUUGUAAGGAAAAAUAUUCAAUUACAAGAUUCCACAUUGAUUUAUUUAUAAAGAAAAUAAACUUGAAAGUGAUUUGUUAUUUGUCAAAUUUAAGAAGUCAAUAAAUCUUACCUUUCUUUUGGAGGGGAAAAUGGAGUUUGUUUGAGAGACAGGACCAACCUUUGACCUUUGACCAGUCAUGUGAUCUUCAGUUUAAAAUGAAAAACACACAGUUUUGCUCUCUGUCCGCGGUCGUCACUCCACACAAGCGGGAAGAUGAAGUUUGUGCAGUUGUUUGGUCGUUUGAAAUCCGUGGUGAUCGGAAUGAUUCACGUCAAAGCCUUGCCAGGAACGCCUCUUCAUCGUAUGAAAGUGUCUCAGAUUGUCGAAGACGCCUGUAGAGAGGCGUCGAUCUAUCGCGACGCGGGGAUCGACGGCGUGAUCGUGGAGAACAUGCACGACCUCCCGUACUCCUUCUCCGUGGGACCUGAGGUGUGCGCGUGCAUGACCGCCGUGUCCACCGCGGUGAGGGGCGUCUGUCCUCUGCUGCCGCUCGGCGUCCAGAUCCUGUCCUCUGCCAACCAGCAGGCGCUCGCUGUCGCUCUGGCCUCAGGUCUGGAUUUCAUCAGAGCCGAGGGUUUCGUGUUCUCUCACGUGGCUGAUGAAGGUCUGCUGAGCGAAGCCUGUGCUGGAGACCUGCUCAGGUACCGCAGGCGGGUCGGCGCCGAGCACGUGCAGAUCUUCACCGACGUCAAGAAGAAGCACAGCGCUCACGCUCUGACGUCAGACGUCAGCAUCGAGGAGACGUCGCGUGCUGCAGAGUUCUUCCUCUCUGACGGAGUCAUCGUCACAGGAGCGGCCACCGGAGCGGAGGCCGACACUCGUGAACUCAGAGACGUUUCCCAGUCUGUGAGAAUCCCCGUGCUGAUUGGCUCUGGAGUGACCUACGACAACAUGGAGCGCUACCUCAACGCAAAUGGAAUGAUCAUCGGAUCUCAUUUCAAGGAGGGCGGACACUGGGCCAACGCGGUCGACCCGGAGAGGGUGAAGAGGUUCAUGGGAAAGAUGCGUGAACUUAGAGAAUGAAAGGAAAGUGUCUUCAAGAACAAUUCCAUUGUUUUGACUUGGAAAAAACGGAUUUUAGCCACUGAAUAAAAGGCAAUAAACGUAAUAAUAUCUA